CCAAAGGAGGCAAUCAAUCUGAGAGGACACACACGGGAGCUGUUCAUUUGAAACCUAGCUGGUGGCUUCUAUCUCGGAUUUGAGGAUCUCACAAUCAAUAGAUAUGUCUGCAAGUAUAGAGCAUAACCUGGAUAUUACUCUUAAUCAUUGCUUCAGUUUGUAAAGAGCUGGUCCCAUCAACUGCCAAAGAGGGAGGCUCAUCUAGAAUCCGGGUGGCUACAUCUGUCUGCCAAAAUCUUUUGAAAUUUGGCCCGGUAUUCAAAAGUCCGUGGAAAGAAAAAAACCUUGUCCCAGCUUCAGUUUCCAACUCUGAAGACAGACUUGCUUCUUUCAACGGUUUUCACAGAUCUGGUGACCUACGUUCUGAAGUCAGAAUUAGCUAACUUUCAAAAACAUCUGGAAAAAUGAAGACAUGGUUAAAAAUUGUAUUUGGAGUUGCCACUUCUGCUGUGCUUGCUUUAUUGGUGAUGUGCAUUGUCUUACGUCCUUCAAGAGUUCAUGACUCUGAAGGAAGUACAACAAAAACACUCACACUGAAGGAUAUUUUAAAUGGGACGUUUACCUAUAAAACAUUUUUCCCGAACUGGAUUUCAGGACAAGAAUAUCUUCAUCAGUCUACAGAUAAUGAUAUAGUAUAUUACAAUAUUGAAACAGGAGAAUCAUAUACCAUUUUGAGUAAUGCCACCAUGAAAAGUGUGAAUGCUUCAAAUUAUGGCUUAUCACCUGAUCGGCAAUUUGCAUAUCUAGAAAGUGAUUAUUCAAAGCUUUGGAGAUACUCCUACACGGCAACAUAUCACAUCUACAACCUCAAUAAUGGAGAGUUUAUAAGAAGAAAUGAGCUUCCUCGUCCAAUUCAGUAUUUAUGCUGGUCGCCUGUUGGGAGUAAAUUAGCAUAUGUCUAUCAAAACAAUGUCUAUUUGAAACAAAGACCAGAAGACCCACCUUUUCAAAUAACAUAUAAUGGAAAAGAAAAUAAAAUAUUCAAUGGAAUCCCAGACUGGGUGUAUGAAGAGGAAAUGCUUGCUACAAAAUAUGCUCUCUGGUGGUCUCCUAAUGGAAAAUUUUUGGCAUAUGCAGAAUUUAAUGAUACAGAGAUACCAGUUAUUGCAUAUUCCUAUUAUGGUGAUGAACAAUAUCCUAGAACAAUAAAUAUUCCAUACCCAAAGGCUGGAGCUAAGAAUCCGGUUGUUCGGUUAUUUAUUAUCGAUACCACUUCUCCUGAGCAUGUAGGUCCCAGAGAAGUACCAGUACCAGCAAUGAUAGCAUCAAGUGAUUAUUAUUUCAGUUGGCUCACAUGGGUUACUGAUGAACGAAUAUGUUUGCAGUGGCUAAAAAGAAUCCAGAACGUUUCAGUUCUGUCUAUAUGUGAUUUUAGGGAAGGCUGGCAGACAUGGGAUUGUCCAAAGACCCAGGAGCAUAUAGAAGAAAGCAGAACUGGAUGGGCUGGUGGAUUCUUUGUUUCAACACCAGUUUUCAGCUAUGAUGCCAUUUCAUACUACAAAAUAUUUAGCGACAAGGAUGGCUAUAAACAUAUUCACUAUAUCAAAGACACUGUGGAAAAUGCUAUUCAAAUUACAAGUGGCAAGUGGGAGGCCAUAAAUAUAUUCAGAGUAACACAGGAUUCACUGUUUUAUUCUAGCAAUGAAUUUGAAGGCUACCCUGGAAGAAGAAAUAUCUAUAGAAUUAGCAUUGGAAGCUAUCCUCCAAGCAAAAAGUGCAUUACUUGCCAUCUAAGGAAAGAAAGGUGCCAAUAUUACACAGCAAGUUUCAGUGACUACGCCAAGUACUAUGCGCUUGUCUGCUAUGGCCCAGGCCUCCCCAUUUCUACCCUUCAUGACGGCCACACUGAUCAAGAAAUUAAAAUCCUGGAAGAAAACAAAGAAUUGGAAAAUGCCUUGAAAAAUAUCCAGCUGCCUAAAGAGGAAAUUAAGAAACUUGAAGUGGAUGACAUUACUUUAUGGUACAAGAUGAUUCUUCCUCCUCAAUUUGACAGAUCAAAGAAGUAUCCCUUGCUAAUUCAAGUGUAUGGUGGUCCUUGCAGUCAGAGCGUAAGGUCUGUAUUCGCUAUUAGUUGGAUUUCUUAUCUUGCAAGUAAGGAGGGGAUAGUCAUUGCCUUGGUGGAUGGCCGAGGAACAGCCUUCCAAGGUGACAGACUCCUGUAUGCAGUAUAUCGAAAGCUGGGUGUUUAUGAAGUUGAGGACCAGAUCACAGCUGUCAGAAAAUUCAUAGAAAUGGGUUUCAUUGAUGAAAAAAGAAUAGCCAUAUGGGGCUGGUCCUACGGAGGCUAUGUUUCAUCCCUGGCCCUUGCUUCAGGAACCGGUCUUUUCAAAUGUGGGAUAGCAGUGGCUCCUGUCUCCAGCUGGGAAUAUUACGCAUCUAUCUACACAGAGCGCUUCAUGGGCCUCCCAACAAAGAACGAUAACCUCAAGCACUAUAAAAAUUCAACUGUGAUGGCAAGAGCAGAAUAUUUCAGAAAUGUAGACUAUCUUCUCAUCCACGGAACAGCAGAUGAUAAUGUGCACUUUCAAAACUCAGCACAGAUUGCUAAAGCUCUGGUUAAUGCACAAGUGGAUUUCCAGGCAAUGUGGUACUCGGACCAGAACCAUGGCAUAUCCGGCCUGUCCACGAAGCACCUGUACACCCACAUGACCCACUUCCUAAAGCAGUGUUUUUCUUUGUCCGACUAAAAAGGACGCAGACCCAAGCUUGUAUCACAGUGGGAACACUUCGUAUAAAUGCCUCAGACCAUUUGCUUGUUUUACUCUUUAUGCUGUUAAAUGCCGGUACAAACAAACAAAUGAAUGAUGUUCUAAAGGCUGGCGGAAGAUUGACUCAGAAGUUCAACCCAAAUAUUGUUUACAUUUUCUGUCACUCUCUGAAAGAAAAGGAAACCGUGCCUUUUGCUUUGGACACAGACAGUGUUUUAUUACCUGUUCAUUUGAGGAAAAUAAUAAAAUCAGAAGUUA